AUGGCCAGGCAGAUGGGGCUGCUAGCGGAUCCUGGCGUGGGGGAGAGCCCGGGGAAUGCCGGUGGUGACGGGGACGCGGCGCUGGAGGCUGAGCUGCUGCUGCUGCUGGGGGGCCGGGAGGCUCCGAAGGAGGGGGAUCCACCCCCGCCACCCCAGCAAGCUCUGGCAGCAGUCGAGGCCCUGGCCCAGCUCUGCCUCCGAGACCCUCCGGAGGAGGAGGAGGAAGGGGAGGAAGAUCUGGAAAACGAGGAGGAGCUGCUGGAGCCCGCAGGUGCGGGGGCGUUGCUGGCGGAGCUGUCGGAGAGGGCGGAGCUGUACCGGGCGGCCCUCGGGAACGCUGAGAGGGAGAACGGGAACGGGGCCCGGCUCCGGCGCCUCCAGCGUGGCCUCAAGACCCUGGAGCAGAUGCUGGAGUCCGUCCGGAGCGGGAAGCCGAUUGAUGAGGCCGAGAUUCCUCCUCCAGUGGCUCUGGGGAAGCGGGGCGGAGCACCUGGGCCACCACCUCCUGUGAGCCCUGAGCCUCCAGUGCAGCCCCCUGCCCCUCCACAGGCCCCCCCAGCCCCGGAUCCCUGCCCUGAUCCCUGCCCGGAUCCCGGGUCGGUGCCAGCGCUCCGAGUUCAGCUCCAGGAGCUGCAGAAGGAAGCACUGGCAGCCAAACGCCGUGGAGACACGACUGUGGCCCUUGAGCACUUCAGAGCAGCCAAGAGGCUGGAGGCGCAGCUGGAGGUGCUGGGGCAAGGUCGUGUUCCUCCAGCCCCCGGUGAGAGCCCGAUCCCAACAGAAAGAGUCCUGGUGGGAUCUGACUGCUCCCUUCGUGCAGAUCCACAGCCAGAGGAGCCAAAGGCUCCACUCCCGAGGGAAUCACCAACGAGGGAUCCACCAGACACCAGCUCAGCCCCUCCCGCCCCAGAGGCACCCCGGGCACCACGGGACGUGCGGGAGGCGCUGGAGCAGCGCAUGGAGCGGUACCGGGCGGCCGCGGCCCAGGCCAAGGACAGCGGGGACGCAAGGAAGGCACGGAUGCACGAGAGGAUCGUCAAGCAAUACCAGGCUGCCAUCCGUGCUCACAGCGCCGGCAAAGCCGUGGAUCUCUCAGAGCUGCCGGUUCCCCCAGGCUUCCCCCCUAUUCAGGGCACGGAGAUCCCAUCUGAGCCGAGCAUUGCUGGGAUGCUGGAGGCAGCCUUGAAGCUGACGGGUCCAGAGCAGGAGGAAGAAGAGGAGGAGGAAGAGGAAGACACCACGGUUGCCAAGGUGCAGCCCAGUGCUCCCUCUGCUCCCCCUCCCAAACAGCCGCCGCCCGCCCGGAAUUCCCAACCGGCUCCCAGACCCGCUGGAAAAGCCCAGCAGCAGCUGGAGUUCCUGGAGCUGCGGCGGAGGCAGCUGGCGCAGGCCGCGCUCCGCGCCAAGCGCCGCAAUGACCUGGAGGGGGCCAAGCUGCUGCUGCGCCGGGCCAAAGGCAUCGAGGGGCUCAUCGGGGCCGCCCGUGGGGGGCUCCCCGUGGACAUUGCCCAGGUUCCAGAGGUGCCCCUGGAUGGGGCCGAGUUCGAGCUGGGGCCAGGUCGGGGGGUGUCCAUGCCCCCUGAGGCCGCCAAGACCUUCCUGCAGCUGGCGGGGGCCCUGCGGAGGCAGCACCAGAUGUGUCUCACCUAUUCCCGACAAUUCGCUCAGCUGGGGAACAUCUCGGAGACCACCAGGUGUGAGGCGCUGGCCGAGGAAUGCCGGCGGCACAUGGAGACCCUUCGGAGGGAGCACAACCGGGGAGCGCCGCCCCCAAAGCCCCGCUACGAGCAGAGAACCUUCAGUGUUGUCAAGAUGUUCCCAGAGCUGAGCAGCAGCGACCUGGAGCUGGGAAUAGACAGAGGGAUCAGCCUCCCAGUGCCUGCAGGUGUGGCCGCUGGUGACCUGGACACCUUCGUGCGCUUCGAGUUCCCCCACCCCAGUGCGGAGGAGGCACAGCGGGACAAGACCAAUGUCGUCAAAAACACGGAUUGUCCUGAAUUCCGGGCGCGGUUCCGGCUGCGGCUGCUCCGGGGACACCGGGGGCUGAGGAGGCUCCUGAGCUCCCGCGGGAUCAAGUUCGAGGUGACCCAGAAAGGGGGGCUGUUCCGGCCGGAGCGGGCUCUGGGCUCGGCGCAGCUGCGGCUCGAGGGGCUGGAAGGCGCCUGCGAACUCCGGGAGCAGCUGGAGCUGCUGGACGGGCGCCGCCGGACGGGCGGGCGGCUCGAGGUGUGGGUGCGGAUCCGGGAGCCCCUGGGCGCGCAGCGGCAGCUGGAGCCGCGCUCCGAGCGCUGGCUGGUGCUGGAACCGAGAGCCGAGGCCCCGGUCGCCGUUCCCAAACCGGCCGUGGUCGCCACGAAGGAUGGGAACAACAGAUCCCUCCCGACCUUGCCGAGCCUCAACCUGCUGCUGUUUGACCGGGAGCGCCUAGAGCGGAAGAUGGUGCCGUUUGGCCGCGCCGGGCGCCCAGUGCCCCCCGAGCUGCGGCAGCAGCACCAGGAUCUGCUCCGGCGCAUCCAGGGGCUGAGGACACGGCUGCAGGGCGGGGACCCCCACUUCCGCAGGGAGUACGCGGAGCACCUGGAGCGGCACCUGCGGCUCUACACGGAAGCCGCGCGGCGCCUCGGCACCCAGGGGGAGCGGGAGGCAGCCAAGGAGGCUCUGUACAAGCGGAACCUGGUAGAGAGCGAGCUCCAAAAGCUCCGUGGAUGAGUCCCCCCCUGCCUUGUCCCGGCUCUCCCGGGGCUAGGACCACAUGGGGUUCUGGGGAGGCUCAGAUGAUGCCUCCCCCUGCUUUGGGGGGCCUCUGGGAACCCCCUCCCCCAUGCCCACUGUGACAAUCACA